AUGGUUCCCCUGCAACCCUUUCUCUCCUGGUUGUUUUCUCUCUUAUUCUUACUUCCUCUCAUUGCAACAAGCGCUCAAAACUGUCCGGUAACAUCUUGUGGAAACGUAAAUAUUAAAUUCCCUUUUCAGCAAGUCAGAAAUCGAUUUCGAGGCGACGUCACUUCUCGUUUUCGUUGUGGCUAUCCAGGUUUUGGUCUACGUUGCAAUUUCCAGAACCAAACAAUUCUCACUAUAGAAUCAAGGGCGUAUGUUGUCCAAGAUAUCGACUACGAUAUCCAAACCAUAUUGAUCAAAGACCCACAAAACUGUCUCCCAAAACAGUACCUUAACGGGAUAAGUUCUUUUGAUUCUCCCUUCUAUCCAUAUUCUUAUAGCAACUUCACGUUUUUCAAUUGUUCAACAAACACCACGUUAGCAACUAAUCGGUAUAGACCUAUCAGUUGUCUCAGUGAUGAGAACAACACGGUCAUAGCUUUGCCAUCCAUGUUUUAUGAUGAGUCGAGGUUGCCUUCGAAUUCGUGUGAAGAAACUUCGACGGUCUCGGUUCCGUUUUGGGGGUUUUGGUCUGAUCUUGAAGACAGCUUACGGUUAAUGUGGAGUUCUCCCUCUUGUGAACGCUGUGAACUGCGUGGUGAGGCUUGUGGGUUCAAGAAUGACUCUGGUUUGGAGGUUGAAUGCUCCCAUCCUUCAGGCUCCAAUGGUCUUUCAAGGGGAACCAAAUAUGGCAUAAUCAUUGGAGUUGGAAUACCGGGGGCGUUAUGCAUUAUUGGGCUCGGAUGUCUUCUCUGUAGAAGGGCUAGAAAUUAUAAUAGUCAGCGCCACCUGCUCAAUGCCGAAUUGUCCAACUCAAUUGCGCAACCACAACGGGCGGUGAUUCUGACAGGUCUUGACGAACCUACUAUAGAGUCUUAUCCAAAAACUUUGUUAGGUGAAAGUGGGCGACUGCCUAAGCCUAAUGACAACACUUGUCCAAUAUGCUUAUCUGAGUAUCAACCUAAGGAAAGCUUGAGGACCAUACCCGAGUGCGAACAUUACUUCCAUGCUGAUUGCAUUGACGAAUGGCUCAAAAUGAAUGCCACGUGUCCAUUGUGUCGCAAUUCACCAGAGGGUUCUGCCAAAACCCCUUCUUCUACCUUAACAUCUUCGCAUUCACCCGGAACCCUGUCUUCUACCUCAACAUCUUCACAUUCAUCGGCAGGAUUAUCACCUUAGACCGAAGUUUCUACUUAUAAUUUUGUAUAAAUGAAGUAUAUAUAUUUAA